AAUGAGCUUCAUUUUUUCCGGGUAGCCUAAUGACUAGACAUGGCGGAGGAAGGUUCGGGUACCGGAGCCAAAGCCUCUCCAACAGCCGUAGAGAUGCAGCUUCACCGCCGCCGGCAGGAGCUGGAACACUUCAGAAUAAACGCAGCGCGAAUACGUAGCAGGAACCUGCUGACCGGCCUGGGGAUCGGAGCGUUCGUGGUCGGCAUCUUCAGCUACACAAUCCUGUCGGUCAAACAGGAGAGGAUCGUGGGGGAGCUGGAUGAAGAAGCGAGGAUCCACAUCAUCAGAGGACCAAGGACUGGUGCCAACUCCUGAUCAUGAACGUCCCUGGACUUAAAACUAUGAUUACGGUAGCUCUCUGUGCAGGGAUCUUGACUAAGAGAAACAUGCAAGCAUGCAUUACUGAUUUAUUUUUCUACACCUUUUAUUUCUGGAAAUGUAUAAAGUCU